AUGAGUACGAAAAAUAAAAAUACUCUGAAUACAUCCCAGUGCGGGUUGAGAUGGACGCAGCUUACUGAUUGGUUGGCGGAAGGUUAUGGGCGGGGCGUGUGUUGGCCCCGCCCCGCCAGUUGGGUGUUGGACACAGUGUAUCCCAACGCUUUUCAUGGUGAGUGCGAGCCAUCUGCCGUCAAGAUAGGCACAGAGUCGAAGCUAGCUCUGUGCGGCUGGAGCGGGCAAGCCUACGAUGGCGUGGACUCAAGCCUGCUCCGGCCGCCGCAGCCUCACACGAGCCAAUUGGGAACUGUGUAUGCAACGAAACGGCGACGGCGGAAUGGAAAAAGGUAG